UUUGCUUGGCUGGCUGGGCUUCCGCUGAACGACAGAUUAAAAAAUCGGUGGAGAGAGACAGCAAGGCAGCGGAGCGGAGGAGUCGAGGUCAAGGGAGAGGGAUGAUUACGCCGGCGCUGAGCCUGUCUCGCGCCCCGUCGUCCUCCUUCUCCGCGUCACCUGUUGAUCGUUGCCACCGAUCUACCGGCGCCUUGCGGCGUUGCGGCCCGUCCUUCGCCUACAAACCUGCCGCAGGAAUUUGCUAUGCUAGCCAGGCGGUUGAACUGCUGCCUUCUUUGUACCCUGAAAUUGUUGUCAGAGAUGCACGGCUCGAAGAGUGUUGGGAAGUAGCUGACACUCAUUGCAGCUCUUUCUUUCCAGAUUACAAGUUUCCGUUGGACCUUGUUCUACGGAUUGAUCGUUACAUUGCUCUCCUAUCUGGAUUUUCAGUUCCACCCGGGUGUACGAGGACUUGCCUUGUUGCGGUCAAUUCUAAUUCUGUAACCAAUGGCUUCGACAUCGAGUGCGGAGAUCCUAGAGAAGCCGAAUUUCAGAAAUACAAUCUCAGUAGAGGCUCCAUAGCUGGCAUUCUUACAGUUGACACAGUGGCAGACUAUCUUCCGAGAAGGGGACCCCUGAAGCAGAGAAGAACAGGUAUUGCUUAUAUAGCAAAUGUCGCAGUGCGAAAGGAGGAACGUCGGAAAGGAAUUGCUAAAAUGUUGGUCCAAGAAGCAGAGGCGCGAGCAAGGAGUUGGGGGUGCCGGACCAUGGCAUUGCACUGUGAUGUAAACAACAUAGCUGCCCUGCGCCUGUACAAAAAUCAAGGUUUCAAAUGCAUCCGUGUACCGGAAGGAGCUAAAUGGCCAGAACCUAAGAUUGCUAAAGGAGUACAAUACAACUUCAUGAUGAAGCUAGUGCCCAAGAUUUGAGCUGUAUAAGUCAGUCUGGACAGAAAAUGAAGUUGGAAUGCAUGGAUACUGCACGUAUGCACAGAUUCACCAGUUUCUCCUUUCACAUGUACAGCAGUUGGUACAUAGUUGAGCUACUUUGUAAAUGGUAUAUAACAGCCACGAAUUAUUGCCCAGAAUUUUGUGAGGGUGUUAUCACUUCUUCACAUGAAUUGACCCAGAGCUCUUUACAGAUAGCCUGGAGGAAGUGAAGAAAAACUUUUACAGUUUCGGCACUCAGUUUUGCUUCAUGGAUCUUCUUUUACUAAGAAUCUUACGGACAAUGUAUUCACAAAGAGAUUCAGAAUGCGAGUGUGAUCCUCAAUGGUGAUUGUCCAAAUUUGUUUU